AUUCUUAUCUUGAAAGGUGAGCGUGGAAUUCGUGGUCUACGAGGAGCACCUCCUAAAAUCAUGCCAAACGUAAUGCUGGAAGUGAAAGGUGAAAAGGGAAGUAGAGGAACAUUUGGUGUUAAAGGGAACAUCGGUCUACAAGGAAGUAAAGGAACGCUGGGAUCACCUGGUCCAACAGGAAUGUCAGGCUUUCCUGGAAUUCCUGGUUUAGAAAAAGGUCAUAAAGGCGAUGCCGGAAUUAAAGGAAUAAGAGGUGUUCCAGGAUACAUUGGUGUCCCAGGUCCUCGUGGUAUUUCUGGUUUCCCUGGAACCACAGGACGGAGGGUGAGCAAAAUUGG